AUGACAGUGGUGCGCAAGCUGUGCAGCCUGGUGACGGCGCUGUGCCUGCUGGAGCGCGGGGCGUUCGCCGCGGGGGAGGUGAAGGCCAAGCAAGUCACCGUGACGUACACAAACGCAAGCGGAUUUAAAAGCGAACUGAAAAAUUUCCAGUACAUUUUCCUAAACGAAAAUGAAGACAACUACUACGUGAAGACCUCACACAUAGGCGAACUAGAAAUUGGAGACAACUUAUAUUUUUACAAAAGCUUCACAAAAGUGAUCAACUACUUUAAGUACCGCAUCCCCACGAAUAUACACUUCGUUUUUGGGUACAAUGAUGGGGACCUAAUUUUAUUAAAGAACAACAAGAAGGGGAUCAUCAGCAAAAUAAAUUACCUCUUUUAUAGUGAGUCUGGGAUGAAGUACAUGGAUAGGAAGAACGAGUUGUACGUGAAGAAUGAUCCUUUUUAUAUAAAAAAGUUCAGCAACUAUGGGUUUGACGACGACGACUUUGAGGAGGAGGUGGACGAGCCGUUUGAUGACGGCGGGCCCGUGGGCUACGACCGCGGGAUUAGCGAGAAUGACGACUACGAUGAUUACGACGACGACUUUGUGAAGCGCGCCGCGAUAUGCAGCGUGGGCGGUGUUGGCGGUGCUAGCGGCAGAGUUGGCGGUGGCAGCCCCACGUUCAUGCCCAGGAAACUCCUCUGCUACCCCUCCAGGCGGAACAACAACGAGCUGAAGGCGACCUUCCUGAAGAACGAGCAGUACAACAAGCAGUUCGAGCUAAGCCUCAUCUACAUGAGCAAAGAGAACAACCUCCUCCUGAAGAAAAUAGCUAGCUACUUUAACACGCUGGUAAAGCUAGAAUUUGACAAAAAUAAUAUUGCCUACUACAUAUAUAAUAAGACAAUUGCAUGCAAUUUUAAGUACCACAUGCAGCAGCUCCUGAAGAAGAAGUGGAAGAAGCAGCUGGAGGAUAAGUACCUGUCUUAUACGGACGACCAGGUGACGACUAACAAUAGCUUCCUUUACAAUACGACGCCGCAGUAUAAGGACCACCUAGGAGACAACAGCAUCUUGUGGAAGCACACGAAUAAGAAUUUGACUCAGCAAUGCUUCGAAAAAUGCCAUAAGGUUUUUUUCAACGAGAGCGAAUUUAACAACUGCUAUAAGAACGAUAGCUACGUGUAUGAGAUGUCUCUCUUUAAGGACCACUCCAUCAAGCCGCUCAGAAAAGCUCAGGUGAAAAAUCUCUCCUCCCUGGGAAGGUACAUUGCUAUGUAUUACCACGGUAAUGACUACGUAUCCAUUCUGAAAGACUUUACAACGUAUGUGUACUUCCGAGUGAAGAACGUGCUAGAUUUGGUUCUCUUUCAAGAUGAGGAAAACGAAGUUGGGUUCUACUACAUAUCCUUUGACAAAGGGAAACAGCUCGUUCACCUCUUCAGGUGUGGACUCAAUUCAUACCAAGUGAAUUGCAAACAAAUUUCUUUCAUUCCUUAUGAGCACGUUGCAUCUGAUAUCGAACCCAAGGUGUAUCUCUCGACGGUGCAAAGUGAUGAUAUGUGCACCGUUUUUAUAAGCACCAAGACGAAGCUUUGGAAGUUAUACAAGGAUAAGGAUGGAAGUUAUAAUAGAAAAAUUAUAGAUUCGGUGAAGAACACCAGUGAGGAGUACCUGGGCCACAUUAACUGCUACAUCGUUGAGACGACCUACGAACGGAAGCUGCUCUACAAGUAUUUGAAGAAUAUCUCAAAUGUAGAGGAGAACAUCGUCGCUUGCUCCUACUUUAAGCACUUUACCCAUUUUGACAACUCCCUGCUGAUCUCCUUCAUCGAGAAUAGCCACUUCAUCCAGCGUACCUACCACGUGGUUCGGGACAAGGACUUCAUCAUCUCCAGCGGAAGGACCAAGCUCACCAUACAAGUCAACGAGCUCUUCGACAUCUGCAUGCUCUUCUUCAUCAUCCUCUGCGUCAUCCUCAGCGUCUACACCAUAGUGCGGGUGCUAUUCUCCAACAAAACGAAGGUGGGCAAGAUGAAGCACCACUUCUUCGAUGACACGAAGAAUAGCUGCCCGUCGACGGUUGACUAG